CUGUCACGGAGCCGGCAUUCCAGUUCUAUUCUGAUGCUUGUCAUGUUCGGUACGAAUUCGCGCGCAAGUAAAAUCUUGUACUCCCUCCUCGGUUCAGUCUCUUAAUCGCGUUGAAAAGAAAAGUGUCCCACUGUGUCGGUCGACGGGUUCAUAAAGGAAAAAUGUCGACGGGGAAACGUUUGGCAAAAAGGUCCAUAAUAGGGACGAGGGUGUGCGUCAAAGCGGAAGACGGCAUCUAUUACUCGGGAGUGAUAAACGCAGUGAAAACGCCCGGUUCGAGCCACUCGGCGGAGACCAAGUAUUCGGUCAGGUUCGACCCCGUCGCCGAGUUGCCGGCCCUGAAAAAAGAGUUCAAGGAUUCCGAGCUGAUCGGACCCGGCUUCCGGACCAUGACCGGCGUCCGGCUCCUCUCGGGUCAGAAGGUCUACAUCACCUACAACGGACGAGAAGUCUCCGGACACGUGACGGAGCAUAGCAGCGUCGCAGACGAAGUGGCCGUCGUCAUCGCUCCUCCCGGUACCGAGGAAACAUCAGACACCUGGAAUCGUAUGGAACACUUGGGCCAGCUCGAAGUGAAAAAACGUCUCGAAGACGUCCGGCUGACCGAGUGCAGGAAAUCGGCGAGGCUGCAAGAUCAAGAUACGGAUUACUCAAGACUUGCGGAUAUGGCCGGAGACAGGAAACGACUCUCAUCUCACAACAUCGACGUUCCCCCUGUAUAUGGAUCUCGUAAAAGAAGGCCGAGUUCGAGCCAGGACGACGCGAAGGAAGACCUGAUGGACGAAUGUACAGCCGCUCUCGUCCUCAUGCACCUCUCUUGCAGUCCACAUUCGCCCUCUGGCUGGGUGGAGCAGCUGUCGCCCUCCGCCUCCCUGUCGGACGCCUGUUCCUGGAGGUCCGGCACUCCUUCGCCUCCCCUCAGCGAGUCCGCCCCCAACUGGUUUUCCGCCUCCGACGAGGGCAUCGGCCUCGACGACGAUUACGACGAACUGCCGAAGAAAAAAAAAGCGGCAACUAGAACUGUUUAUCAGUGUUCGUGGCCAGGUUGUCACGUAAUGAGAGAAACUUGCAACUCAAUCGAGACGCAUGUCAGAAAAACCCAUUUGGGGCCAAGAAACGAAAGAGAAGGCGAUGAAGACAUGGAAGGCGAUGACCACGAAGAAGAGUUCUACUAUACGGAGGUGGAAAUCGGACUCACCUCACCUACCCCGACUCUGUCACACCGAGACAUGGCGAGGCCACCUCAUGAAGAUCCAGAAUAUCAGAGGGCCAUGAGUGUUGGAAACUCUGUUGCUGGCGCGAUCUCAAUUCCUAAGACAAACUUCAGCUGGCCAGUCACAGCUACAGUUUCACCGAAUCAGAAGCAGAUCAAACUUUCGAUGUCUGCUCCGCUGAACAAAGUGCCCGGUAGCCCCAGCAGGCGAAUAAGGGGCGACACGAAAAAGUGCCGCAAAGUGUACGGCAUGGAACAUCGUGAACUCUGGUGCACUCAAUGUAAGUGGAAGAAGGCUUGCUCAAGAUUUGGAGAUUAGAAAAGACGAAGAACGAGGAGAAAAGAAGAGCACAGAACAUUAUAUUAUAUAUAUAAGGAAAAAAAAGAUACUGAAGAAAAUUAAUCGAACCCUCUCUCCGUCCAGCACAGACUGACGGAAUUGACAUAAAAAUUGGCUAGAUCAUUGAA